ACCAAGGGAACGAACAACAUGUGCAUGAGCGGCUAGUGGAUUUACCACGCCCAUUCUGUCAGAUUGAUCACAAGCUUUUGUUGCAUAAAUGAUGACAAUUUUAAUCUUUUGAGAAGUCUUUCGAACUUUAACCUGAAAGGCAAAGGAGAUGCGAUUUUUUUUACUCGGCCCAUGAAAAUAGGCACACGAAGUGAGGAAUUUUUGUAUGGCAGUCAAGGAGAGAGUGGGAUGAUUCGAUUAUGCUGAGCCCCGGGACCCCUGUAAUAAUGCUCGUGGCGUGCAAAAGCGGGAGUCGCGACCUUCUCAAAUCGAACAGUAAUCUGCUCCGCUCAGAAACACACAAUAUUUAUUUUAUAUUAAAUAAAUGUUCGAAUUUUAAAACUAGUUUUCAUUGGGAAGGCAGAUAAAGUGUUUUUUUCAAAGGCAAUCAUGUGAAAAUAGCAUCCUUAUCAUUACUCCUCGUGCUUAAUUACGUACAUUUUGUUUUGAGGCGAUUUCGUCGUGGUCUGAACCGGGCUCCUGGCACACGCCCAGGAGGCAGCCCGUUCGAAACGAAUAAAAACAACUUUCACCCGGGACAGAUUAAUCGAAUCCCCUCAUAGUGAAUUUGGUAAACAUCAAUUAUUAUUUGCUAAUUUCCUACAUGAGGCGUAUUUGAUCGAAUUUACGUUUCGUAAUAGUUAGGUUGUUAUAAAUGCACUGAUACAAGUGGACGCACGUGGCAUUUCGGCAAUAAAAAAACAUUACUUUAAAUGAGAAGUGUGCCUGUUGUCAGAGCUAGAUAGAGGAUUUUUAAGCAAUAAGGCACGAGUGUGAUAUAUUGGCCAUAUUUCACAAACCCCUGAGGUUCCUUGUCGCUAUUAUAAACUGGUUACCAAAGUAAUUAGAGCAGUAAAAAUACAUUUUCUCAUACCCGUGGUAUACGCCAAAUAGUUAAUCUGUGUGGUUUACAGUUGGAGCAAAUUAAGCAUGUGGGCAAAGCCAUGUACGAGCUAGCGAGAUCCUAUUGGCGCGUUGUAGCAGAUAUUUGCAUAUUUCCGUUAGGGAACGCCUUCCCUGUGAAACAAACUACGUCCUGGGAACAGCUGCACUUUUAUUUUGAAAAACGAAACCGGAAAUUGCAAUUAAUUGCUAGCAUGCGCAUCAGCUGAUUAUAUGAAAACAUAAAACCAGAUUUGCCAAUCCGCUGGUCGGUCGGUAAAUUGACAACAUUGAAACGGAUAUAUUGCUUUAAAAAUGGUAAUAUAAUUAUGAUUUUCGUUCUUUCCUGAUCAUUGUCGUUUUGAAUUAAGGGGUUCUAGUCUCACGAGCGGUGAUAGAUUUCCCUUCGCUUAUAUUAUUUUGCACAGGUUUGCUAAAUUAUCUGUCGCUGGCUCUGCAUGUCCAACAUUCAUUGUUGUCAAGUGACUGCGAACAGGACAAACCAUGAUUGAAAUCCAAAAUGAGUCAAGACGAUUGCUUGAUACAGAAGAUGGAGAAGACACAGGAGUGAGGUCGGAACAGGACGCAUAUCUUGACAAGGUGAAGAAUGGAAAGCUGUUCCUGGCCUCUCUUGCAGCUGUCCUUGGUCCCUUGAGUUUUGGGUUUGUAUUGGGGUACAGUUCCCCUGCCAUCCCUGAACUAAGCACAAUCGCUGACCCAAGAUUACGACUAGACGAUGACGAGGCUUCGUGGUUUGGGUCUAUCGUGACGAUAGGAGCUGCUAUAGGAGGUCUACUCGGCGGUUGGAUGGUGGACAAGAUCGGGAGGAAGCUGAGUCUUAUGUUCUGCUCCCUACCUUAUAUCUUUGGUUUUACUAUCGUUAUUGCUGCUCAGAAUGUCUGGAUGCUGUAUCUUGGGAGGGUACUCACAGGACUGGCAAGUGGGGUUACGUCACUCGUGGUGCCAUUGUACAUCUCAGAGAUUGCCCAUGAGCGUGUCCGUGGGACAAUGGGCUCCUGUGUUCAACUCAUGGUGGUCACAGGAAUCAUGGGGGCAUAUAUAGCAGGGAUGUUUCUGGACUGGCGCUGGCUGGCAAUCUGCUGCUCCAUCCCACCCACCAUGAUGAUGGUGUUCAUGUGUUUCAUGCCCGAGACCCCCAGGUUCCUGCUGUCUCAGGGUAAACGGAGGGAAGCCGAGGAGGCAGUGCGCUUUCUGAGGGGGCCAGAUGCCCCUGCAGAGUGGGAGUGUGCCCGCAUUGAGGAUGCUUCUGACGACCAGGGAGGUAGAUUGGGGAUGGCUGAUCUUAAGAACCCUGGAGUAUACAAGCCCCUUGGAGUGGGCAUCAUGUUGAUGCUCUUCCAACAGCUCACCGGUAUCAACGCCAUCAUGUUCUAUGCUGAGACUAUCUUCGAGGAAGCCCAUUUUAAGAACAGCAAUGUUGCUACGGUGGUAGUAGCAGCAAUCCAGGUAGUGUUCACUGCAGUAGCAGCAUUGGUCAUGGACCGCGCUGGAAGAAAGCUUCUCCUCAUCCUCUCAGGAGUUUCUAUGUGCCUAAGCACUGCUGCCUUUGGUGUUUACUUCAAGUUGUCCAGUGAAACCCAUGGUAACUCCUCAGGACUUUGCUUAGUAGAGAGUCCCCUAGCAGAGGACCCUGCGGCUGGGCUGUCCUGGCUCGCACUGGCCAGCAUGGGCUUCUUCAUCACAGGUUUUUCUCUUGGUUGGGGUCCCAUCCCCUGGCUGGUGAUGUCUGAGAUCUUUCCUUCGCGAGUAAAGGGGUUUGCCAGCUCUGUUUGUGUCCUCACCAACUGGGGCUCUGCCUUCAUCAUCACCAAGACCUUCCAGGACCUGAUGGACCUUCUAACCAGUGCUGGGACCUUCUGGCUGUUUUCUGGGUGUUGUGCGCUCAACAUAGUCUUCACCAUCCUCUUUGUCCCGGAGACCAAAGGCAAAACUCUGGAGCAGAUCCAGACACUAUUCAAAGGGACUCCAGAAUAAUUAAGCUACAAUAGACAAACUUAAUGCCAACCCCAAAUAUAACAUCAACAAGGACAGAACUAGAGUUUCAAGCAUCUCACGAUACUUUGUGGUCAAUAGUUUUCUGGGUAGUCCUAUCUGGAUGGUACUUCGAUAGAUUAUCAUCUUAUUCUGUGACUUGAAAAGGUAAAAUGGUUGCAGCUGACUUAUGCCUAUUUGAUACUCUCAGACUUAAUAGUGGGCCUUGCAUUCUGAGCCAUUGGCCUUUUGGGCAUCCUGAUUGAAUGCUGGACCUCUUAAGCCCCCUUUUUUACCCCUCAAAAAAUUUGCUGGAUUAGUUCAGUUCAUACAUCACACUUGAAGAUUCACAAUGUGUGCUCCAGAAAUAUAUCAAUUCUACUUACAAUGCUUGCAUUUCAUUAUGUUUAUGUAUUUUUUGUUUACAGUACAAGAACAGUUUACAACAUUUUCAAAUGUGAGAGAACAAUUAAAGCUAUGUGCAUGUAAGUAAGAAUUUGGCCCAUAUUGAUAAUUAGAUAGUUUACUGAUUUAAUGUUCUCUUUGUACCAUGGGGGUAUACAUUUGUAAGUGUGCACAAAUGUCUUGUUGGAAUUAUUUGUCAUGUUUUUCUUCUGAAAUAACAAUGUUUUUACUGAAACAUUUUUAGAAAGGUGGAGAAAAGUAUGUAAUUUGGUAAGAAUGGCUGUGUGACUACACAUGAAGUAUCAAUGCACAAUGUAAUAUGUGGUAUACUAUUACCGGUUCCAAAACAUGAAACUAAAUGUGCUACAGUAGUGAAUGGUCAUAUGUUAAUAAAAGACUUGUCUAUUUCA